AUGUCCACAGAUGACAACCUUCGGGAAGGAGCAGAGCAGAAGGUAGUAUUCAUCACGGGACGAGUCCACCCAGGGGAAACACCCUCUUCAUUUGUGUGCCAAGGGAUCAUUGACUUCCUCAUAAGCCAGCACCCUAUUGCCCGUGUCCUACGGGAACACCUGGUCUUCAAGAUUGCACCAAUGCUCAACCCUGAUGGAGUCUACCUGGGCAAUUACAGGUGCUCUCUGAUGGGGUUUGACCUGAACCGUCACUGGCUGGAUCCCUCUCCGUGGGCCCACCCUACCCUGCAUGGAGUGAAACAGCUCAUCAUCCAGAUGUACAAUGACCCAAAAACAAGCCUGGAGUUUUAUAUUGACAUCCACGCCCACUCCACCAUGAUGAAUGGCUUCAUGUACGGCAACAUCUUUGAAGAUGAGGAACGAUUCCAGAGGCAGGCCAUUUUCCCCAAGCUCCUCUGCCAGAAUGCUGAGGAUUUCUCCUACUCCAGCACAUCCUUUAACCGGGAUGCUGUGAAAGCAGGAACCGGACGUCGCUUCCUCGGUGGGCUACUGGACCACACUUCCUAUUGCUACACCCUGGAGGUCUCCUUCUAUAGCUACAUCAUCGGAGGUACCACGGCCGCUGUGCCCUACACUGAGGAAGCCUAUAUGAAGCUGGGAAGGAACGUGGCGAGAACGUUUUUGGAUUAUUAUCGGCUGAACCCCCUGGUCGAGAAAGUGGCAAUUCCCAUGCCGAGGCUGCGGAAAGAAAAACCCCCUCCCUACAAGCACCCACUCCUGCGGGGCCCAGCCAGGAACCACCCCAACGGCAAAGGGGACAAGAAGAGCUCCAUGAACCACAAAGACCCUUCAAACUCUUUUUAA